GCGGGGAACCUCCCGGAAGUGGCUGCCGCGGAGACUGCGCCCCUGCCUGGAGCGGGAGAGCGGCGGCCCCGGGGCCCCGGCGGGGAGACCAGCCUGAGGUGGCGGCUCCUGCGCUCCCGCGACUAAUACGGAGAUCUGUCUCGCUUACUGGAGUCAAGUGCCCGGGACUGAGCGAGCCGGGAGGAGAAAACCUGUUCCGGAUUGGGUUUCAAGCCAAGAUACUGGAUUCUCCUUAUUACAUGAAAGAGCUGUCUGUGAUGGUGUAACAGUGAGCAUGGCAUAAUUUGCGUUUGCAUCCCGCAACUUGAAGGCAUGGCAGUUAAGGAUCACACGCGGACUUGGGGCACAUGGAAAUGUGUGCACAGAAAAAGGAAAUCUGUAAUUCUUUAAAAACAGGAACACCACCCUCAGCAUCAAAAUGGGCACAAUCUGCUCAAUUAUCAAGUUUGAAAAUCUCCAGGAAUUAAAGAGACUCUGUCACUGGGGGCCCAUUAUAGCCCUUGGUGUGAUAGCAAUAUGUUCUACCAUGGCCAUGAUUGACUCUGUGUUGUGGUAUUGGCCCCUCCAUACGACUGGAGGAAGUGUGAAUUUCAUCAUGCUGAUAAAUUGGACUGUCAUGAUUCUGUAUAAUUAUUUCAACGCCAUGUUUGUUGGUCCUGGCUUUGUUCCUCUGGGAUGGAGACCGGAAAAUUCUCAGGAUAGUAUGUACCUGCAGUAUUGUAAAGUCUGCCAAGCAUAUAAGGCACCACGGUCACAUCACUGCAGAAAGUGUAACAGAUGUGUAAUGAAGAUGGACCAUCACUGUCCUUGGAUCAACAACUGCUGUGGUUACCAAAAUCAUGCUUCCUUCACAUUGUUUCUCCUUUUAGCACCAUUGGGCUGUAUUCAUGCUGCCUUCAUUUUUGUUAUGACUAUGUACACACAGCUUUAUAAUCGGCUCUCCUUUGGGUGGAACACGGUGAAGAUUGAUAUGAGUGCAGCCCAGAGAGACCCUCUUCCAGUGAUUCCAUUUGGACUAGCUGCAUUUGCUGCCACCUUGUUUGCCUUGGGAUUAGCUUUAGGAACAACCAUAGCUGUUGGGAUGUUGUUUUUUAUCCAGAUGAAAAUAAUUCUCAGAAACAAAACCUCUAUUGAAUCAUGGAUUGAAGAGAAGGCUAAAGAUCGAAUUCAAUAUUAUCAACUAGACGAAACCUUUGUUUUUCCUUAUGACAUGGGAAGUAAAUGGAAGAACUUUCAACAGGUAUUUACAUGGUCAGGGAUCCCUGAAGGAGAUGGACUGGAGUGGCCAAUAAAAGAAGGUUGUCACCAGUACAACUUAACAAUCGAACAGUUGAAGCAAAAAGCUGAUAAGAGAGUCAGAAGUGUUCGCUAUAAAGUUGUAGAAGAUUAUAGUGGUGCCUGCUGUCCUUUGACUAAAGGGAUCAAAACCUUCUUCACAAGUCCGUGCACUGAAGAGCCACGGAUCAGGCUACAGAAAGGAGAGUUCAUUCUAGCCACAAGAGGGUUAAGGUACUGGUUGUAUGGAGACAAAAUUCUUGAUGAUUCCAUUAUAGAAGGAGUUUCAAGAAUAAGAGGAUGGUUUCCUAGAAACUGUGUGGAAAAGUGUCCCUGUGAUGCUGAAACAGAUCAAGCUCCAGAGGGUGAAAAAAAAAAUAGAUAGCCACUGCUAAGAGUAAAGAGAAAAAACUAUUCUUUACGUCCGUUCCAUUACUUGAAAAUUACACAUUUUACUAAAGAAUUAUGCAAUGAUCCUACUCUGGUUAAGGUGUUCUUUUCCUCAAAGGUGCCCUUGUGCCAUGACCGAAAUAUUUUUAUUACCAUUAUGAAAUGGAGAAGCCAUUCUACAUAUGCCUUUGAAUUCCUUCCCCACUUUGCCACCUCGUCCCCCACCACCAGAAGGAAGAAACACUUCACCCCAGUAAAUCAGCUGCAUUUUCUCUUAAGAUUUUUUUAUGCUCUGCACACUCUGGACCUCACCCGCAGAUGUUGACUCCCCUUUGCCAGGAGCAUCUGCAUGUGAUGCUUUUAUCUCACCCCAU